AUGAAGCGAGUGAACCCUGGCGCGCAAUGCCUGCCACCUCAUCGCUUCCAUCCCAUCCCAAUACGCCGUUUCACCCGCGCCGAACCAUCCCUGCUUCCCGCUCAACCGCCCCGUCUCGUCUCUCGCUCUCAACCUUCCUUCCACCUCAUUUCGUUGACCCUUUCCACUUCCCUCCCAAGCUACUCAUUGGGAAAGGGGCGAGGCAUUGACAACAAGAAGGAACGUUCAAUCCCGAACAAGGAAAAAACCCCUCCCCUCUACAAUAAUCAUAAUCCGCGCAGCACAACAGCUCGUGCAUUUGUUCUUCAGCUCGGCUCAAGAACAUUCAUCCAUCCCUACCUACUACCUACUUACACAACAAACAUACAAACACACGUUUACGAACAUCUCGGAAGCAGCCACUUGACCGACCGUCCGCCCAUCUAUCCAUUCCAUCCACCUAUCCAUCCAUUCGCCGAACCCCCCCCCCCAGUCGGAUUCUGGCCCGCCUGCGCAAUCGUCAGGCUCCCGACCCACGAUUUAUCUAUCCAGCCGGCUGGGAAACAAGGGGAACACAACACACCCUUCGGAGCUUGUAUCACCAUCCCUCGCCCGCCCGCCCUCGUGGCUGACAAAACCCUUGCCCACGCCGAGAUAGCAUCCGGUCGAGCAACCACGUCACCCACCGCCCCCGGCCACACGCCGCAUCCUCCCUCGCCGCCGACACAUCUCCCGGUCGAACAUGAAGAAGGGCUCCGUCCGGCGAUAAUGGCAACCUCCAUCGCCCUCGACGGCAUCCAUGAACUCUCCGAUUCCCACUCACAUCAUGCGCGCAAUCACGCACCGCUGCAAGGACGCAACCGCCGCGAGCUGCCUUCCAUACAACCCUCGCUUCCUCACCCCCGAGCACGCCCAAAGCAACGCAUCCGCAAGACGACGAUGACGACCCCCGCCCGCACAUUCUCCUUUCACAUCCUUCUUCUCGCCCUCUUCGCCGCCAUCAUCCCUUCCGUAAGCGCCGUAUACAUCAACUUCGACAACUGCCUCGAGAAACCCUACCGUAAUGCCAACGAUCCCCAACGUCUACAAUUCGUCCCGAAAUUCGUCUGGGCGGAAUUCAACACUACCGCCCCGAGCCAUACAUUGAACGUCACCGUAUACGGAAAUGUCACAGGCCAGAUGAGCGCUGGAGAUUACCCUGCUGCCGACAGUCCCAAAUGGAGUGACCCGGGCGAUGAAUUUGGCAAGAUAUACGACAACAGCACUGAAAACAACAAGCUGGCAACCCUCAUUGCCGACUUCAAGACCCUGACAUGGUCUGCUUGGGGCUCCGGACCGCUGCAAUUCUGCAACUACACAAACAGCGCCUGUCCACUUGCCCCCGUCUUCCCCCAGGAAGGCCUUAAUCUCAGCAAUCCUGAGAGCCUGCGCUCAUUCAGCCUCACUCGCGACUUCUACAGUACCUAUUCGUUUGCUAACUGGGAAGGUACCAUGCGCAUUGUCUCACCCGAAUCCAACAACCAGACUCUGGGAUGUGUAUCCGCCACCAUCACUCCGGACCUGGGAAGCUCGCUAGCCAAUGCUCUCCGCUAUCUUCCCGCCGCCAUCCUUGCUCUGGUCGCUGUGGCCACCAUCUUCGCCGCCACCUGCAGUCCAUGGGGCACCGCCGAGAUUUUCCGCUGGACCAGCAAUUACGGUAGAGACGAGGAUCUGCUCCGUCUGGUAACACCUGGUUUCGGGGACUGCUUGCAGUACAUCCAGUUCAUCGUGCUUGCCGGCAGUCUCAAUCUCAACUAUCCCGGCUUCUUCCAGCCCGUCGUGAGCCAAGCCAGCUGGUCCCUCCUUCUCUUCAACCAGAGCUUCGUCAGCCAAGGUAAUGGAUCACACAGCCUGGUGGACGGCCUGUAUUUCGCCAAUGGAACAUACGGCAUAUCCCGCCUCGGACAAUAUGUGGGCAUGUCACAGGAUGAGGACAUCUGGGCCAACAUGGCCGUCUGGCUUCUGGUUGCCAUUGGCAUCGUUGUUUUGCUCGUGCAACUGGGAUUCCUGGGCCGGUGGCUCUUUGGGUCAAUCACGGGCGACAAAGAGACGGGCCUGUACGACAAGAACUGGCCCUUCUCCGCCGGGAACAUUGUCCGCAUCGUUUUCAACUACUUCCUGCUGCCAAUCAUCGCGCUGUCCCUGUUCCAAAUGGUGGUGGCUCCCCGGUCACCUGCAUCCGUCGUUGCUACUGCGGUGGUCCUCCUCAUCGGCGUCUCAGGAGUUGCAGUAUGGAUCUUCUGGCUCAUCUUCACCACCCGCCCUCGUGCCCACCUGUUCGACGAUCUUCCCACCAUUCUUACUUAUGGCCCCCUGUACAACACGUACUCAGACGAUGCGGCUCCGUUCGCGUUUAUACCAGUGCUCUUGACGACAAUGCGCGGCAUUGCGAUAGGCGCUAUACAGCCCUCUGGAAUUGCCCAAAUCAUCAUUCUCGCCAUCUGCGAAGUCAUUUUGAUCCUGACCCUGCACGCGUUCCGACCAUUCCAGUCCAACACUUCUAUGAAUGCAUAUCACACCUUCUUCUCGGUCGUACGCCUGGUUUCCACACUCCUCAUGGUUGCCUUCGUGCCAUCCCUAGGCGUUGCCGAGUCGAAUAAGGGCUGGAUCGGGUACAUCAUCCUAUUCCUGCAUGCCAUUGUCCUCAUCUUUGGCUUCUUCAUGAACUCCCUGCAGACCAUCAUAGAAGUCGCGGCCAGACUCGGUGGAGCCGGGGCUGAUCAGCGAGGCGGUCUUACUACGGUCUUCGGCAAGCGUCAGCUGGCCAAGCGGAACCAUCGACAGCAGCGCAGCAGCCUCGGAUCGAAUGCCGCUAUGCUUGGUCCUGAUGAACAUAAGGGUUCGAUUCAGCUGAUGCGAAACAGCCACGCCAGGAGCAUCUCUAACAGUUCUGCUGUUCUUCUGAACGCGCCUUACAGCGGAAGUCAACGUCAGAGCGUUGGCUUCGAAAGCUUCACUCAGGGUGGAGAAGCCAGCCCCAGUACACCCGGAACAGGUGCGACGCCGUUUAAUUUCCUCGCGUCGUCUACACAUAGCUCGCGGAGACCUACGAUCAAUGCCGCGCUGGAUACAGCGGACCCAUACUAUCGACCCCCGAGACCUCGCAAGCACACGCUAGAUUCUAUGAAUGCCGGACCCUCCCUUCGAGGCUCCAAAGGCAGCGCAGAUAUGACGAAUGCACCAUAUGCGGAUAACCCUGACCAGGCUGAAUCGGGGGAUGUAGGUGAGGGUCCUUCGUCGUGGUCUCCCAACCGAUCUAUUACGCCAGCCUUCCUUCGAAUGCAACGCGAAGAUUCCGACCCCAACCUCGAACGACGCAACCAGACCGACUACUCUGUCCGAGAAUCUGACUUUUACUAUGGUCUCCGUGGUCCUGCUUUGUCAUCGCAGCCCACCCGUAAACUCAAAACGGGACCUGCAGAUCCCAUGGGCCCCGUUUCUUCGGCGACUGGCUGGUUCAAGAGUCUUGGCAUGUUUGCUGGCAAAAAGAAGGAGAAGGGCAAAGGGUUUGAGGUUGUGCGAAGUACGCGCAUGCCGCCUGAUAUGAUGAUUGCCGAGGAAGAGGAGGAUUCAUCCCACAUGCACAACGAGCCGUAUCAAGAUAGCCCUGGCCGUAGUAAGAACGCAGAAACAUCUCCCAGUGGCACCAAGAAACCUGUCGAUCGCGACAGCCCGAACCGCAACGGCAGUGGAGCUGCUGCUGGUCUCUUGCGGAGAUCGAGCCACAGUUCUUCGGAUGCAAGUGACGACGAGGAUGGGUAUGUGAACGUUCAUAGGGUCUCGGACAUGGCGCCCUCGCUGGGUCCCAUCGAAACGGGCGGCGGCAUUGAACUGCCCAGUCGCAUCGGAUCGCGAGUUUCCAGGGUAUCGCGCGGUCCAAGUGUUGAUACUCGAGCAGGAGCUCAAGAGAGGAUACCCACGAUUCCUCGCAAGAGCUCGCGUCGAACCUCUUCUGUGGACGUUGACCAGGCGGUUCGCAGCAGCAGCAACCGUUUGUCCAAGGUGAUGUCGCCGUCUUCUUCGACGCGACGCCAGCAGCAUCUCCAUCCCAACACUGGCAACGUGCCUAUCCGUCUACCGUUUGGCUCUACGGAUCCAUCACCCUCUCCCGAUCGCACGCCCAUUCACUCGGCAUCAUCCAGCAUCUAUCCGACGGAUGAUUUUCACGUGCUGGGAGGCGACGAACUGGCACCGCCACCCACGAUUGUGCCAGCUGUUAGCCAAGAGCGUCCACUUAGCACGGGGUACGUUCAUCAGCACACGGCCGGCGACAGCAUCCACAAUGAGCCGUUCCCCGAAGGCAAUCGAUUGGAGGCGUCUGCGGAGUUUGUCGAUCGCAGUCGGAGUGUUAGCACCGCUGGCACGGCAAUGUCGUACCGAUCGUCGGAUCGUCGUCGCUGA